UCCCUAUCCCUACUUCUUCUUCGUUUUCUUCUUCUUCUUCUCUAUCAGUGCCACUCAUUCAAGAUUCAACAAUGGCUUCUGCAGCAUCACCAACCUCUUUCUCACUCUUCUCAACAACUUCUUCCUCCUAUUCCACUACCUCCCGCCGCAACAACCCUAUCCUUCGUCUCCCUUCUCGUUUUCUGCGCUCUCCGCUUCCUGCCCUCGGCUUUGCCGCCGCUGAUCCCCUUCUGUCUGCACAUGUAGGCUCCAAGCUCCGAUCCAUCAAAACCUCUGCUAAACCAAUUACAGGCGUUGUCUCUAUGGCUAAGAAGAGCGUUGGAGACCUCUCUCCUGCUGAACUCAAGGGAAAGAAGGUGUUCGUUAGGGCUGAUUUGAAUGUGCCUUUGGACGACAGUCAGAAUAUCACAGACGAUACAAGAAUCAGAGCAGCCAUUCCUACAAUCAAGCACCUCAUCAGCAAUGGUGCUAAAGUUAUCCUUUCCAGUCACUUGGGCAGACCAAAAGGCGUCACUCCCAAGUUCAGUCUGGCUCCUCUUGUUCCCAGACUAUCCCACCUCAUUGGUGUUCAGGUUGUGAAGGCUGAUGACUGUGUUGGUCCGGAGGUUGAAAAGUUAGUGGCUUCACUUCCAGAGGGCGGUGUUCUUCUUCUUGAGAAUGUGAGGUUCUACAAGGAGGAAGAAAAGAAUGAUCCUGCAUUUGCAGAAAAGCUUGCAUCAAUAGCCGAUCUUUAUGUAAACGAUGCUUUUGGAACUGCACAUAGAGCCCAUGCCUCGACUGAGGGAGUGACAAAAUUCUUGAGGCCAUCUGUUGCUGGUUUCCUUUUGCAAAAGGAAUUGGAUUAUCUUGAUGGGGCAGUUUCAAACCCAAAGAGGCCAUUUGCUGCCAUCGUGGGUGGUUCAAAGGUCUCAUCCAAGAUCGGAGUCAUCGAGUCCCUUCUAGAAAAAUGUGAYAUAUUGCUUUUGGGUGGAGGAAUGAUCUUCACAUUUUACAAGGCACAAGGCCUAUCAGUGGGAUCGUCGUUGGUGGAGGAAGACAAGCUUGAUCUUGCUACUACACUCCUUGCCAAGGCCAAAGAGAAAGGAGUAUCUCUCUUGUUACCAACCGAUGUGGUGGUUGCUGACAAGUUUGCACCUGAUGCAAACAGCAAGAUUGUCCCGGCAUCUGCUAUCCCUGAUGGUUGGAUGGGAUUAGAUAUUGGACCAGAUUCUGUCAAGACAUUCAAUGAUGCCUUGGAGACCACCAAAACUGUGAUUUGGAAUGGACCUAUGGGUGUGUUUGAGUUUGACAAAUUUGCGGUUGGAACAGAGGCAGUUGCAAAGAAGCUAGCUGAACUUGGUGGAAAGGGGGUGACUACAAUCAUUGGAGGUGGAGAUUCAGUUGCAGCUGUAGAGAAAGUUGGAGUAGCUGAAGCGAUGAGCCACAUCUCAACAGGUGGGGGUGCAAGUUUGGAGUUGUUGGAAGGCAAAACACUCCCUGGUGUUGAUGCUCUUGAUGCAGCAGUCGCUGUUCCUGUGUAAGACAUAUAUGUAGUUAAAAAAUUCUGAGUUGAUUUUUGUUUAUCUAUAUAUCUGGUGUCUGGCUCACCAUGCUGAUGGUUAUGUAAACAUGAAGAUGAGUUUGUUGUAGAUGGUCCAUCAUAAAUUUGAGGUCCAAUUGGCCUUGGAAGAUUAUAAUUAACACAUUGGUUUUCCAUUCCAA